AUAACCUGCUGUACCGCCGCGUAUCCGCCACGUUUGAAAAUCUCUCCACAACCAGAGUCUUUUGGCGGAACUCCGCGUCAAGUGCGCUUUUGGAUUUCUGUGUUUGUAUAACCUGUCACUCAGUCACUGUACAUUCCAAGAGAGACAAAAGAAAGAAAAGGAUUGAAAGCGAAGAAAGUGGUUUCAGCCCUAAAGCCUCCUCGUUUAUUUCCUUCUCUCCAAUUCGCUCUCUCACUCCCUUCUUUCACUCCCAAACUCUAAAUUGCCGCCGCUCUUGGCUGCUCCCACCACUGCAAGAUUUCGCGCUUCGCUUUAGGAUCGGGUUUACUGCGCUUGCACAAAAAUUGGCCGUGCAGCUCUCCUUUUAGGCUGUUUUGGUCUAAGGGUUCAACUAUGGCUGGUGAAUUGUUGGUGAGUGCGAAUGGAAAUGGUAACACCCAGCCCAAUCCACAGAGGACUUACCAAGUUGUUGUGGCUGCGACCCGAGAAAUGGGUAUUGGAAAGGAUGGGAAACUACCUUGGAGACUGCCCUCUGAUCUCAAGUUCUUUAAGGACGUCACUGUGACCACAUCAGAUCCUGCGAAAAAGAAUGCAAUUAUAAUGGGUAGAAAAACAUGGGAGAGCAUUCCAUCUGAGCAUCAACCUCUACCUGGCCGCCUUAAUGUUGUUCUGACUCGUUCUGGGAGUUUUGAUAUUGCUACUGCAGAGAAUGUUGUGAUAUGCGGAAGCAUGUCAUCUGCUUUGGAAUUGUUAGCUGCUUCUCCUUACUGUCUGUCAAUUGAGAGAGUGUUUCUCAUUGGAGGUGGCCAGAUAUUAAGGGAAGCUCUCAAUGCGCCUGGCUGUGAAGCCAUUCACAUUACAGAAAUAGAGACAAACAUUGAAUGUGACACUUUUAUCCCUGCAAUUGAUUCCUCUGUGUUUCAGCCGUGGUAUUCAUCCUUUCCCAAGGUUGAAAAUAGCAUUCGUCAUUCUUUCACAACUUACGUUCGCGUAAGGAGUUCUGCAGUUGAAUCCCUUUGUGAAAACAGUGAUCUGAUCUCUAAUAGUAAGUCAGGCUCCAUUAAAUGUGAGGUGAAGAAUUUCUCUUUUCUGCCAAAGAUGAUUUUUGAGAAACACGAGGAGCACAUGUAUCUAAGGCUGGUACGAGAAAUACUCUCAGAUGGCACUUCUAAGGAUGACAGGACAGGGACUGGUACUUUGUCAAAAUUCGGUUGCCAGAUGCGGUUUAACCUGCGCAGAACUUUUCCACUUCUGACAACCAAGAAAGUAUUUUGGCGAGGGGUUGUUGAAGAACUUCUGUGGUUCAUCAGUGGUUCAACAAAUGCCAAGGUCCUUCAGGAGAAAGGUAUUCACAUAUGGGAUGGAAAUGCAUCUAAAGACUACCUUGACAGUGUUGGUUUAACUGACAAGGAAGAGGGCGACUUGGGACCAGUAUAUGGGUUCCAGUGGCGACACUUUGGUGCCAGGUAUACUGACAUGCAUGCUGACUAUACCGGUCAAGGAUUUGAUCAGUUGCUAGAUGUUAUUGACAAGAUUAAAAAUAAUCCAGAUGAUCGGCGGAUUAUACUGUCAGCAUGGAAUCCUUCUGAUCUCAAAUUGAUGGCACUCCCACCUUGUCACAUGUUUGCUCAGUUCUAUGUAGCCAACGGACAGUUAUCGUGUCAAAUGUAUCAGCGUUCUGCUGACAUCGGCCUUGGUGUUCCAUUUAACAUUGCAUCAUAUGCUCUUCUGACAUGCAUGAUUGCUCAUGUUUGUGGUCUUGUUCCAGGUGAUUUCAUUCAUGCCUUAGGGGAUGCUCAUGUUUACCGCACUCACAUCAGGCCUUUGAAGGAGCAGCUUGAAAAGCUGCCCAAGCCUUUUCCAAUUUUGAAGAUCAAUCCUGAGAAAAAGAAUAUAGAUUCUUUUGUGGCGGCUGAUUUCAAACUGAUAGGUUAUGAUCCUCAUCAGAAGAUAGAAAUGAAAAUGGCCGUAUAGGGCUCUCUCAAAUUUUCAGUAGAGAGCUCAGACACUAGUUUUAUAUCUAGGCGAUGCUGCUGUUAGUUUUGAAGGCAAGUUACAUUUUGUUUUUUGUUUAUGCUGAUGAGUCUUUUAUUCUCUAACCCUGACUAUACCUCGAUACUACCUUGCUAAUUCAAAUGGGUUUACAUAGCAUGCGGUUGGAAUUGUAUGUAAGUUUGAACCAACUUAAGUUGUACAGUUUGAUUAUCUUAUUCCUCGAAUUAAGACAUUUCGCGAGACUGAAGCUUUACGUUGUGUUUCAGGUGCAGGAUUUGAAGGUUCAUGUUGAUGUAGAGUUUCAAUACAGAUGAAUAACUGGUAUUAGGACUAUACUUGAAGCUUUGCAUUUGUAGUAAUCGGGAAUCCUUUAGUUUCACGUACACUCAGGUGGCUCUAAGGUGAUUUAGGAUACUUUCGAACUUUUUUUCUUCUCUGCUUUUUGAGCAUGCUUUGGCGCUUUGGCACUUUGUCACAUGGAUAGAGGCCCAUCACUUAGGUCUCUUAAUUUCUAUGAACACUGUGUUGUACUUUUAUAAGAAAAUAGAAUUGGGGAUCACAUGAUU